AUGCUAUCCACUGAUUUCAGUCAGUUGUGUUGCAAUCAGAGAUUUUCAGAUGUCAUAAUAAGAUGUGGUUUGGAGGUAUUUCCUGCUCAUAAAAAUAUUCUUUCAGCCAGAAGUUCUGUAUUUGCUGAAAUGCUAGGAAACACUCCUAAUGAUUCAAAACUUAGUAUUAAUGACCUUGAACCUACUGUUAUGAAAGCUGUUCUUUUAUAUAUUUAUUCUGGUAAAACUGAUUUAACGACUUUCCAAUCAACAUAUGAUCUUCUUAGUGCAGCUGACAGGUUUUGUUUGAAUGAGUUAAAAAUUAUAGCUAUUAAUUACAUUAAACGUUCGCUAACUGUUGAAAAUGUUUUUGAAUGCUUUUAUGAAUGUAAAGCAUUACAGUCUUAUGCUUUAGAAUUUAUGUCUAAGAAUUUCUCAUUAGUCAAAGAUACUAAACAAUGGGAAGAAUUCAAACAAUGUAGACCAGACCUAAUAACUCAGCUGCAUGAACAGAGCAGAAAAUUUUUUAAAUGA